AUGCCUAUAGACGAACUAAACGAACAAGAAGGAGAAGAGGUGUCUGAAGGCUCUUCUGCUCUUGUUGUCACUGAGCUUGAAAAACAUGGUAUUCACAAGACAGACAUUAAGCGUCUUCAAGAAGCAGGAUUCUAUACAUUAGAUUCCAUUGCUUAUUCUCCUCGAAAAGCACUGUUGGCCAUUAAAGGUCUAUCUGAAGCUAAAGUAGACAAAAUCAUGAAAGAAGUGAGCCUGGUGAUUGACAUUGGAUUCACAACCGCAUUGGAUAUUCAAACAAGAAGAAGUGAACUGAUCUAUAUUACCAGUGGCUCCAAAGAUCUGGAUCAACUCUUGGGUGGAGGCAUUGAGACUGGAUCCAUUACAGAACUGUUUGGCGAAUUUCGCUGUGGUAAGACACAACUCUGUCAUACUUUAGCAGUAUCAUGUCAGCUUGCUUUGGAGAAUGGUGGAGCAGAAGGUAAAUGUCUUUACAUUGAUACAGAAGGAACAUUUAGACCAAGUAGAAUCUUAUCCAUUGCUUCAAGAUUUGGUUUAGAUACAGAGACUUGCCUAAAUAACAUUGCUUAUGCCAGAGCUUACAAUACAGAUCAUCAAACUUCUCUUCUAGCCCAAGCAUGUGCAAUGAUGGCAGAGACAAGAUUUGCCCUGUUGAUUGUUGAUAGUGCUAUUUCUCUUUAUCGUACUGAUUUCCCUGGUCGCGGUGAACUUUCUGCUCGCCAAAUGCACUUGGCUCGGUUCUUGCGUAACUUACAACGUAUUGCUGAUGAAUUUGGUGUGGCAGUAGUGAUCACAAAUCAAAUGUUGGCUACAGUAGACAGUGGUGCAAACAUGUUUAAUACAGACCCCAAGAAACCUACAGGUGGCAACAUUAUGGCUCAUGCAUGUUGUACAAGACUCCAGUUUCGUAAAGGAAGAGGAGAGAAUCGUAUCUGUAAGAUUUAUGAUUCACCUUCCUUACCUGAAAGUGAAGUUAUGUUCUCUAUCUCUGAAGAAGGCAUUGUAGAUGCUCAAGAGUAG